UUACGUAACCCACAUAUAUGUACAUAAGUAAAUUGUUGAUUAAAUCAAUGAUAUCUCGUUACUGCUAUUAAAUUAAAUCGAAACCUUCGAGAGCUACGAAAAUGUCUCAGUCUAAGAGGAAAACUAUCAGAGAAGCACAACAGGAACUUGCUUUGAGUCUUGGUUUUCGCGACCAAAUCAUUUGGGAUUUCUAUUCAGCCAACCAAAGUAACGUUUUAGAGAAAAAAAUCGAAGCACUUCUGCCAGAUCAAUCAAAAGGCCAGCAGUUAGUUAUAAGAAUGCGUGAUAAUCUAUUUAAAAACGUUUGGAAACAAAGAAAAUAUCAUUACGGUUCUUUAUUUGCUUCCAUACUCUAUGUGGCUGUUACAAACGACGAAGAACCAGAGAAAGCAACAGAGUUUUCCAUUCAUCCCGUAUUUCGAAUACGAAAAUGUGUUGCGGAAGGUGAUAGUACAGGUUGUUGUAUGAUUUACGUUGAUGAAAUUGGACGUGUUUAUCAAAACUGGGCAUCUUAUAUUAAUGAGAAUGUUUUACCACCGGGAAUCAUGGUGGCACCAAAACGUGGUGUAUAUAACUUUGCAAAUGGUCAGGUUAUAUUAACAAGUUAUACCACUCCAAAUGGGAGACCAGAAGCCAAAUCUUUGCGAAAAACUCAAAAUCGUCUAUCUGCUGUGGGUUUUGGAGCUGCGUGUGUUCCGCUAGCAGCUGCAGUUUUUCCAAUAGCCGCACCAGUCGUCGCUUUAUCCACUGUUGUCGGCCUUGUGACGGGAACAAUGUCAGCCGUUUUUUCUGCUAAAAAUUUAAUCGAUCGAAAUGAUCACCAACAAUCUAUAGACAUAACAGAUCGGGACGCUCGUGGUAGCUGGCUUGGUGUUGCGUCCGGAGUAGUUGGGCCAACAUCAUUGGGAGCUACAAAAUAUAUGACAAGAAUGGCAACAGCUGGCAAAGCCACAACUGGCAUGGAAUUUUUCGUUAAUAGUAUGAAUGUUACGUCAAUUGUAUUGUCAGGAAGUGGUCUGGGAGUAGGAAUAUUGGAUUUAAUUUUGAAAAGCGACGAUGGUGAUGAUAUCUCAACGUUGGAUGUCGUGCAAUUGGCAGGCUCUUUGGUGCUGUUUACACAUUCUGUUUAUAAUUUUCAGAUGGCUUCUAGCAUCGUGGACAACGCUCGUAACAGUCAUAUUAAAAAGUACAGUGACGCACUUAGCAAUCGUCAAAGGAAAAUGUUUAACAAACUUUCUAAGGAAACCGCUCGAAUACGUGGUAGUACUGAAGGAAAAAUUGAUAUUAUACGCAAUAUUAAUGACAUUCCCGACCGGCAGUAUCUUAAUGACCUGUUUAAAAUUAACAAGCAAUUAAAUCAAAAUAAGGUACGGCCAGCAUUUGCAGCGAAAGGCCAAGGUGUUGUAUUGAAUAAUGACGUUAAGAUAGAUACCCAUGUUCUACGACAAAGUGUUCAACAUCAAAAUGGGCCUAAUGUGCUUAAGUCUGUAGUAAAACCAAUCCCAGAAACUAUAUCAGCAACAGCCAAAGUUAGUCUCACUGCACCUAACCCAAUGCCGACCCCAAAUCCGAACUCCGAUACCUUGCUUCUAUUAGUGAAUGGUGCAAGAAUUUGCCUUAAACUCGGGAGUCAGUUUCACAAAAAUAUCUACGAUGUGAAAGAAUGGAAUGAAUUAAAAGGCUUUAUUGAGAUGAAGUUUACCGAGAACGUUAUACGUUUUCUAAUGAAUUUGACAAAAACAUAUAUUGAAAGAUUACCUGAUUGUGAAAUGGUUUCCCAAAAAUGUACCAGUACAGAAUCUAUUCUUUUUCGUGUACUAAAAUAUUGUCACAACAAAUUAGGAGAAGAUAAAGAUUUUCAGUAUUUUCUGCCUAAAUCGAAAGAAAUUUUAAGCCAUCUCGACGGGUUAAUCAAAUGGAGCAAAAAAAUUCAAUCCACCAAAUUUGAACCUAUUAGAAAAAAAUCAUUGCCGCCCUCUAAGCCAGAUAAGAAUUCUCCUGAUUCCACUAUAACUAAAAAAGCUCACUCAACCGAAAUUGAACCGGAUUUGCCUUCUCUACAUAAUCCAAAUGAAGAAUUUCCCGAUUUCUUCAUAGUUGCCGAAAAUGGUGCAUAUAUUUUCUUUAAAGAGUUCGGGGUCAAAUUUUUAAUUAACAUUCUCGAUCGAAAUGCAUUAUAUCGUAUAACAGAAUUUCUCUGUUUGAACUUUUCCGAGAAAACUGUUCGCUUUCUGUUUAAUACGACCAGAAGAUUCGUUGACCAUUGUCAGAAUUUGAAUUUCGAAGUAAGAGUAGCUGUCACUACAGAAUCGAUUCUUUUUCGGAUAUUUAAAUACUGGUAUACGAACUUUAAUGAUGAUAUUGAGCACGAUCCAAGUAAAAUUGAUGAAAUUAUAACAAACGUUCGCAGGUAUAUCACGAAUAAAAAGAAUUUUCAAAAUAUUAAUGACAUACCUGACAAAGAAAAUCUGAAAGAACUACUUAAGUCCAAAAAGCAGUCAAAACCAAACAUUAAUACAAAUACAGAAAGGCCGUCGUUGCGAAGAAAUGACAUAUUGUUGAAUAACGACUUGAACGUAGGUUCAGGUGGAACUGAGCGUCAAAAUGGCUCCAAUUCAUUACAAUCUAUAAUACAAUCCACACCGGACAAUGCAUCGAAAAUCGAGGAUCACAAUGCUGACUCCGAAAACACAAGUUCUUUUACUAUUCAAGAAAAUGGUGCAAUGAUUUCCCUCAGCGAAUUUGGACAACACUUUAAUCAGCACAUUGUCGAUUCACCUAAAUUGACUGAAUUAAUAGAAUAUCUUUGUUCAAAUUUAUCUGAGGAAACUGUCCGUUUUCUACUAAGGUUGACUAACUCUUUUAUUGAAAAGUACGGUGGACGGAUAGAAAGUAUACUUGAAAUGAUUUUGACAACGGAAUCGGUAUUAUUCCAUAUAUUUAAAUAUUGCCAUAAGCAAUAUAGGGAGAACUUAAAUUUUGAAUAUCUUCGACUUAAACGUGAAGAAAUUGCGACAAAGACGUAUUUCACUCUUCUGCCAACGAAUCGAACCGACAGGGGGAAUAAAAUAAAAUGUCAAAAUUGUAAAGGUUUUUAUAGCAUAAGUCAAUUAUAAUUUUUUUAUGUAAAGUUACAUUUCUUAUUCAAAAGUUUUGUAUGUCGUUGUAUCAAGUGCCUUAAAUUGAUAUUGUGUCGUGGAAUGUGUAUUCACAUUGUUAUUUUUUUAUAUAUAUCUCUCAACUUAUGUUUCUUAUAAACUUUAAUAAAAAUUUAAACAAGAAGUCACGUCUUGGACACCGUAAAGUAUAUAUUAAUGAUUGUGGGCCCGUGAAAUCACUUAGUUUGUUUAACAGCGGCGCUGAACGUUUUGAUGUCUCUCAUAACAAUUUAAAGUAAAUUAGAUCAAAAUGCUUUGUAGGGAUUGCUUCAGAUUAUACUUGACAGUUUUUUGCCCAUUAUUGGCGUGUGAGCUGUUUCCAUUUUUAAGUAUAGAAUGCGGUCAUCAGUUAAAAAUAUUCAUUCCGAGCGUGGGGCUUUCUACUUUAAUUUCUGUGACUAAAAACUUUUCUACACUAGACAGACGAUCGCGCUCCUUACGGUUUUUAAUUGCUUCAGUCACACGUAUUUCUAUUCUUCUGUUAUAGAAAUAAGGAAGGACAAAUAAAAUAUUUUUUUAUGUAAAUAACUUUAUUUUUGAUAUUUUUAUACCCAUCACCGAAAGAUUCAAAGGUU